AGAGAGAGAGAUUAAAGGAAUUCUUGCAGCCUUACAGCAAACACAUGGAAGGUGGUGCUGAAAUCGAGAGGAAUUUUGAAUAUGCAAGCUAAACGUUAAAAGAAGAGACAGGGACAAUGUUGACCGUACCAUUUGAAGAGCCAGACAUGAUGUGCGAACCUCAAUUCGGCGCCAGCUUUCCCCGAGAGAACAUCAACGAGAGUCUAAAGCAUGAGCGCUCCAUUAGAAGACUCGACGACACCACUCAUUUGGAAUUAAAGGAAACGGAGGACGAAAAUUCGGACAGAGAGGAAGAAGAGAGAGACGAGGACCAGGACGAUAACGGCCUACCUAAGAGACGGGGACCGCGCAAGAAGAAAUCUUCCGACAGGUGCUUGGAUAGGGUCAAACUGCGACGCCAAGAAGCCAACGCGCGCGAGCGCAGUCGUAUGCACGGUUUGAAUAACGCGCUGGAGAGUCUGCGCAAGGUCGUGCCCUGCUACUCUAAAACGCAGAAGCUGUCCAAGAUCGAGACACUAAGAUUGGCGAAAAAUUACAUCUGGGCACUGUCAGAGACCCUCAGCGCAGGCAAGAGACCCGAUCUCCUUGCCUUUGUGCAAACGUUGUGUAAGGGAUUAUCGCAGCCCACCACCAAUUUAGUGGCGGGCUGCCUGCAACUGAAUGCUAGAAAUUUUCUCACUGAUCACAACGGUGAGGUUUCGUUCUCUGACAGGCCUCCCUACGACUCUCUGUACCCCUAUCCAAGCACUGAGAUAAGCACGCCCACCGGGCACGUCGCGGGGACCAUGGACAGCGCCAAACCAUUCCGUUCUUACAACUACUGCAAUACUUACGAGUCCUAUUACGACAGUGCAUCUCCCGAUGGCAGUAGCCCACAUUUUGACAGCCAGCUAAGCCCCCCUAUUAACUACAACGGGAUUUUCUCUUUUAAAAAACACGAGGACCAGGCAGAGUAUGGUAAGAACUGUCAUUACGGCAUGAGAUACUGUGGCGUGCCUGGACGGGGCUCCUUUGGCCACAGUUCCAUGUACAGAGUCUCCCCUGACAGCCAUUUCCCAUAUGACCUGCAUCUCCGUAGCCAACCCUUCCAGACCCAGGACGAAUUAAACACGGGUUUUCAUAAUUAAAAGCGUGCGAAAAAGGUUGAUUUUGUUACCCCUCUCUGACAAUUAGCCUAACGCCCUUUCAACAAGGAGGGGGACGCACCGUAUUUUUCGUUCAAAUGUCAGUUGAUGUUUUACCUAAUUUUAUUCGAUCUCAAUAAAUGUCGUAUUAUUAAAUCUAACAUAUUUAUUUAAUGUCCUUCGUUUUUUAAUGUAAGCUUAUUUAUUAAAUCACACUACUGGGUAUGGUAGCUUUGCAUGUGAUCCACAUUUGAUAUUUUUUAUUUUCUUCAUGAAAAAUAAGGGAAAAAUAAUAUCAAAGACUAAUUAAAGGUGAUUAUAAACAAUGUUCAGUUUUUCGAUUAGAAAAAGCGGAACCGCAGUAAAGCUAAUGAAAAAUAGGAACUAUGCAACACGGAGCCACCUUCUUCAAAUUUACCGGAUUUAUUGAAGAUAUGUAUAUAGUCGCAUUGUGUAAAUUGUGCCAUUUAACCUACUGUUAUAAUUCGUAGGUUAGUUUAAGUUGUUUUGAAAGAAAUGACUUGAAAUGACACCAUAUGGUACAAUACAGUCCAAACAUGAAUGUUUAUGAAUGUAAUGUAAUGUGGUGGCGAAGGAUGUAUUUAACCAAUAUGUUUCAAUCAAUAUCAGAAAACUCAUUUCCAAGCACGCCUUGACAGUGAACGAUGCGAGCGUGAAAUGUGUAGCCCGCGGAGAACAUAACUUCGUUUGUAUUUCAAUCAACAUCAAAAUAAAUCUUGGAUGUAAUGUGAUG